AUGCAUGAUUCCUGGAAACCGGUUUUGAAUGAAGAAUUUGAAAAACCAUAUUUCAAUUCAUUGAUUGAUUUUGUAAAAUCUGAAUAUUCGACUAAGGUUUGUUAUCCAAAAGGGAGUCAGAUUUUUUCAGCUUUUGACCAUUGUCAUUUUGAUCAGGUAAAAGUUGUGAUAAUCGGACAAGAUCCCUAUCACGGACCUAAUCAGGCAAAUGGAUUAUGUUUUUCUGUAAAUGACGGGAUUCCAUUUCCGCCUUCUCUUCAAAAUAUUUUCAAGGAAAUCGAAACUGAUAUAAAUAUACCAAUUCCUAAAACAGGUAAUUUAGAACGAUGGGCAGAUCAGGGUGUUUUUCUUUUAAACGCUACAUUAACUGUUAGACAAUCUGAGGCAGGAAGUCACCAGGGAAAAGGUUGGGAGAAAUUUACAGAUGCUGUAAUUAAGCAAAUUUCUGCUAAUAGUAAAGAUGUUGUUUUUUUAUUAUGGGGAGGUUUUGCCCAAAAGAAAGCCACACUAAUUGAUGCUUCGAAACAUCAUAUUUUAAAAUCAGGACAUCCAUCUCCUUUAAGCGCAAAUAGAGGUUUUUGGUUUGGAAAUAAACAUUUUAGUCAGGCAAAUACUUUUCUAAAGUCAAAAGGAUUGAAAGAAAUUGAAUGG